UUUUUGUUUUUUUAAUAGCUUCUCGUGUCGUUUUAAUGGCUGACAACAUAUAAAACGACAUUCCAAAAGAAGAGAAAAAAAUGAAAAAGGUUGUUAUUAGUACUCUUGUUACUAGUUACUAGUUACUAUCUUUUGGGAGGUGGCAGCUAUAAAACGUGGCAAUUUUCUGAUCAUCCAAACAUGGGAUUCACUGCCAAACAAACAAACACAGAGCUUCAUUUGUAGAAAAAAUAACCAAAAAAAAGCUCAGAACUUCAUAUAACAGUAGCCAUGGCUUCUGCAGUGGCUGCUCUGUUCAACAUUGCCAGACCUCCAAACAUUACUCCCACCCACAACAACAAAUUCCACAAUUCCAAAAUUUGCACCCAAAUUCUCAACCAAAAAUCAAAAUUUCUUUUAUUCCCUUCUACCAAUCCACCAAAUCCAAAGCUAGCUUUUUCAACUAUUACUUGUUCUGCUACUGAUAAACCAACCUCAUCUUCUGAAAUAAGUUCCACAGCAAGAAUAAGAAGUGAAGUCCUCACCCCGUUUCGCUCAGUUCGAAUGUUCUUCUACAUAGCUUUCAUGGCCAGUGCUGGUCUAGGAGGACUCAUAGCGACAACCCAGUUGAUAGGCGCGUUAACAAACCCUUCUAGAGCAGCAGAAGUGACCGAAAUCUCAAAGGGUCUGGCCAUAGAUUUGGGAGCAGUACUAGUCUUUGCUUUCCUUUAUUCAAGAGAAAACAAUGCCAAAAAUCUACAGUUGGCUAGGCUGUCCCGAGAGGAAAGCCUUUCUAAUCUGAAACUGAGAGUGGACGAGAAGAGAGUGAUUCCUCUAAGCUCAUUGAGAGGCAUUGCUAGGCUUGUGAUAUGUGCUGGACCCGAGUCUUAUCUCACUGAGUCUUUUAGACUGAGCCAGCCUUUCACCGAAGGGCUUUUGGAACGUGGAGUGCUCAUUGUGCCAUUUUGUAGCGACGGGAAUGUGCCUAGUUUUGAGUUUGAAGAGAGCAAUGAAAAUGAAGUUACUAUUCCUAACAGGAAGAGGCUAUGGCAGCUGAGAACUUUUGAUGUGUCUGCAUGGUCUGAGUGGUUAGAUGAGCAGAAGAAGAUGGCUAAUGUCUCCCCUGACUCUCCUGUGUACUUAUCUCUACGACUAGACGGUCGAGUUCGUGGGAGUGGCGUCGGUUACCCACCUUGGAAUGCUUUUGUAGCACAGUUACCUCCAGUGAAAGGAUUAUGGUCAGGUCUCCUUGAUGGAAUGGAUGGAAGAGUCCUUUGACAAAAAAUAUGUUCUUAUUCUUUUUGGUGUUUACACAGAAUAUUCAAGCAAAGCAGAGAUUUUUGGCUCACAUACACACCUUUAUGUAUACAUGGUUUUCACCAAUUUGGCCAAUAAGAGGGCUCUUAUUAUCCAUCCUUACAUUUGAUUCUACAUACCUUGACAAGUUACUGUUAUUCAGCUUCAUAGUCAAUACAUUUUCAAUAUAGAUAAAUACAGCUUACUAAUCUUGUUUGGUGUACAAUGUAUCUCUAGCAGCAUAAACCUCAAGAAAGAUAUGAUCAUUUUUGUAUGUUUUGUUAAUAUAAAUCUGAGUAAAUAUUAUUUUGGACGUUGUGU